AUGUUAGAGAUCUCACAACUUAUUGUGAAGGUCGUAGAUAUCAUUCCAAUUAUUUAUUUUCCUUAUAAAGAAUAUCUGGCGGUGAAAUUUAUACAGUUUUUUGACUGUAUAUAUAGCAUUGGUAUAACUAUAGUGUAUAUAGCACUAAUAUCAACCAAUGUUGGGGUUAGCAACCAAUUUAAAUAG